AUGCACCAUAUGGAGAGGUCAGGCCCCUCUGGUCUGAGUCCUGGCAAAGCUCGCGAGCACUCAACCUCAGCCCGGAGUGGUGCCCACAAAAGGUACUGGGGCCCUGUGCAGUGGGUUAGUCAUCACAAACAUUCGGGAGCCCUUCCAACGCGGGUGGACGCGUCCACUGCCCAGGUGCAGCUCAUAAAAGCGGCAGCCAAGAUAGUUCGCAUUGGAAAUGCUAUAAAAGCGUAUGAUGAGCGCGAUAAAGUAAAGGUCGCAGCAUUGGCCCGGGAAUUCGACGUUCCGUACAAUAUGCUUCGCAGACGAAUUCUCGGCAUGGGCCCUAACAGAGGGGGUGCUGCGAGACUUGAUCCUGCCCAAGAGAAAGAACUAGAUGACUGGAUGAUUUCCCUGGAGUCUGGAAAUACUCCUGCUACCCCUGGCAUGGUAGAAGGCGAGGCAAAUCGCAUACUUGCUCGCGCUGGAGUCGAGACACAGGUUGGCCGCAACUGGCCUUACAGAUUUAUUGCUCGCCGUCCUUCACGGCGGCCCGACCUACCACGGCCAUUGAGCGCACUCAAUAGCUCUGCGCGGAAUAAAGACCAAAUAAAAUCAAAGAUUCGGAAGGCUAUAGAAUUACUUGAAGAAGUGGCUGAUGAUCUUGAUAAGCUCAACCCGAAGCUGCGAGACCGAGUAACUGGUGUCCUCGCUGCCGGUUAA